GGCGCUCAUCGGACAGCCGGAUGCCCAGUGCGCAUGCGCGAGAAGCGCUGCGCUUUUUGAUUGGUCCGGCGGCUUCUGGGAUCUGUUAUGUGUCCCAGGUACCGCCUUACCAUUCACAAAGAGCACUGCUUCUUGCGCAUGCGCACUUGGGACCCGGCUGUCACGCACACUACAGAAGCCGGGAAGACAGCGCCGCUGGAUAGAGGGACAGGUAAGAUCAAAGAACAACUCCGCGGACGUGGGAGCGGGUACCUGUCAAAUUCAGGUACCACCUCCCCAAAGGUCAGCAGUCAUCUG